AUGGCUUUCAAAACUAUUUAUGACAAUAUCCUCUCUUUCCACAAUAAUAAAUGUAAAGAGAAUGGACCAACAAUCAAUGUAAAUAAUAAUAAUAAUAGUGAAGAUUUUUGGAAUCAUCAAUUCCAACAAUUUAACAACCAAAUUCAGCAAACUAAAAAUAAUUUAAACAAUAGUGAUAUUGACACUAUCAUUUCAAUUUCACAACUAUUAAUUGACACAAUAUCAUACCAACACACUUUCAUCAACAACAAUGACAACAUUAUGAUUAAAAUUUUACAGUUUCUAAUUGAAACUUUCAACAUUUAUUACACCAGUUCUUUAAACUCUGAAGCGCCACCACCACUACCACCACAUAGACUAUGGUUAUCUAUCCUAUUGUCGUGCCAAGUAAAACAAUUCACCCGUCCUCAGGUCCAAUCACUGUUCCACCAUGCCAUUACGUAUCUGGAAUGGGAAAGGAGUACCGAUGCUAAUACCAUCGACUCUUUGGAACAAGCGCAUGCUAAUGCUAAUGCUAAUACCAUCGACUCUUUGGAACAAGAUCAUGUUGAUGCUAAAGCCGUUGACGACUUCUCAGGUCAAGAAGAUUUCCAUAUGGAAGAAGAUCAACAACUGGUAUUCCGCCCACCUCAGGCCAUUGUAAAUACUCUUUUCGGCCAACAACAACAACAACAACAACAACAACAACAACAACAAGAGGCAACGGACAAUCCCACCACCACCACCACCACGAUCGUACAUCAAGUUGAAACUAUCGAUGACAUUGAAUUCAUAGUAAUAGAAGAAGAUUGGAAUGCAACCAACCCCGCACCCGGUCCAACCUAUCUAAGGGAGGUUUGGAACUUGUCAGAUGUCCAUGACACGGCCAGUGUCACUAUUGGCCAAGACAAUCAACCAAACCAACCACUCGUUUCAACGGCCGAGCUUUACAGUUCGAUCAUUGAAGAUGACAACUCAGCCAAUCAACAACCAACCACACAAGAAAUCAACAAAGUACUCAAUAUUUUACAAUCACUAAUAAGUAAUAACAAAUAUAAUAAUAAUAAUAAUCAUAUACAUUUUUUCCACCAACCCUAUUUCAAAAAGGAACUUUCACAAGUUGUCAGAUUCCUCGGUGUGCAACACGCUGAAACUAGAGGAACUGUAAACCUCAGAUCGGUUUGCCAUGCAAUCGAGACACAUUUGGGAUAA